GGCCUCAUGUAUUUGUGACACUGUUGUAAGCCACGAGACAGGAGGAAGAGCUGAAUGGCUGUGUUUUCGGGGUCGUGUCGACUGGUGUGUGAUAUCUAUGUUUAGACGGGCAUUUUUGAGCUCGGGUGUUGUAAGUAGAGUGUGCCUCUUGUGGAGAACGAGGAGCCUUUUCACGAUGCAGUUGAAGAACAAAGAAUUUCAGGCACUAUUUACCGAUGGCCUGAAGAGAAUAGCAGAGUUGUUCAAGGAGAACAAUUUUGAAUUACGAAUUGCUGGUGGUGCUGUGAGAGAUCUCUUAAAUGGAAAACAACCCCAGGAUGUGGAUUUUGCUACAACGGCUACACCUGACCAAAUGAAAAACUUGUUCCAAGCAGCUGGUAUUCGUAUGAUCAACAAUAAAGGGGAAAAGCAUGGAACGAUCACCGCGAGGCUUCAUGAACAGAAUUUUGAAGUGACGACUUUACGAAUUGAUGUGCUAACUGAUGGCAGGCAUGCGGAGGUGGAGUUCACAACUGAUUGGGAAAAAGAUGCUGAGCGCCGAGACCUUACCAUCAACUCAAUGUUUUUGGGGUUGGAUGGCACGUUAUAUGAUUACUAUGAUGGGUAUGAAGACCUUAAAAAUCGAAAGGUUAGAUUUGUUGGGAAUGCAGCCCAGCGGAUUCAGGAAGAUUAUUUAAGAAUUCUUAGGUAUUUCAGGUUUUAUGGGAGAGUAGCUAAAGAACCAGAGAAUCAUGAACCAGAGACGCUAAAAGCAAUCAAAGACAAUGCAAAGGGACUUGGUGCUAUUUCAGGAGAGAGGAUAUGGGUGGAACUGAAGAAGAUUCUGACUGGAAGUCAUGCUGCUCACCUUGUCACCCUCAUGUACGAUCUUAAUGUGGCAUCAUAUAUAGGCUUGCCCAUCAACGGAAAUUUAGAAGAACUGAAACGCGUGUGGAUGAACGCACAGCACUUGUCUGCAAAGCCUGUGACGAUCCUCUCUGCUCUGUUUCGAGGACAGGACGAUGUGAACACGUUAGAUCUUAGACUAAAGAUUUCUAAAGAGGAGAAGAACCUGGGCUUGUUCCUGGUGAAAUACCGACGAGACUUGGUGAAGGACACAAACGAGACCGACUGCCUGAAACCCUACAGAGAUUUUGUGAUCGAUUCCAGGGAACCAGACUCCUUGAUCAGAGUCUGUGAGCUCCUCAGGUAUCAAGGCGAAGAGCAGCUGUUGGCGCAGAUGGAGACCUGGUCCAUUCCUCGCUUUCCAGUCAGUGGUCAUGACCUCAGGAAAAUUGGAAUAGUGUCUGGGAAGGAGAUUGGAACAAUCCUUCAGACACUCAGGGAUCUGUGGAAGAAGAGCAGCUACUCGAUGGACAAGGAAGAGCUUCUCAGUCUCGUAAAAAGAGAUUAGGAAACGUUAAAAAAAAUUGAGUUAAAUAUGGACGUGAAAAGGCGGCCCGGUGGAUGCCGGCUGUGGCCACGUGUUGAGUUUCAACAGUUGCCAGCCCUCGCAGUACAGUGAAGCACUGAGACGCAGUGGAGGAGCAUUGUAAAUUGUGUAAAGAAAUAUAAAUAUGUGAAUGAAGGUAAAAUUCACGUAAGGGCUCAGCUGACCCCCCUCAACCCGCUAUAUCCCUCCCAUGUAAUGUAUAUUCAGCAUGGUUUUCUGACCAGACAUCAUUAAAAACACAAAAUGAUCCUCUUCACCCAUUUUUGCUGAA